UUUACUUCAAUAUCUUCAAAAUUUGGAAGAAAUGCCUGUCGCAAAGCCACAGACGGAUGCUGAAUUUACUAAAAUAAUUCUCAAUGCUGGGACGGCUCCUUGUAUUGUUGAUUUCUUUGCUACUUGGUGUGGCCCUUGCUCGAUGAUUGCUCCAACUUUUGAUGAACUUUCUAAUAAGUACCCUACCUUGAAGUUUAUCAAAGUUGAUGUUGACAAAUGCAAAGAAACUAAGAACAAAUAUAUGGUUAAUGCUAUGCCGACAUUUCUGGUUCUCAUAAAUGGUCAAAGAGUCGAUAUAUUAACGGGCGCUGACGCAGGCGCUCUUUCAAAUUUGGUACAUAAAUGGUCUGUUAAUUGUCCUACGCAAGUUAGUUCUCCAAUUCCUGGUCAACAUGAUAUUCUACAUUUUAUUGAUAAAGGCCAAUGUGAAUGUUUAAAUGAGGACGAUACACAUCCACUACGUCAUUUACUCGAUGGAAAUGGUCCUCUUGUUAGUGACUGCGACGAACAACUUUUAAUUAACUUGCCAUUUGUUCAACCUGUUAAAAUUCACUCAAUUUUGUUUCGAGGACCGGCUGGUGGGAAAGGACCAAAAAAUGUUAAGAUUUUUGCAAAUAUUCCCGUUACUUUGGGAUUUGAUGCUGCCCAGUCUUCAGAGCCUGUUCAGACUGUUGAUUUUUCUCAGGAACAUUUAAUCGCCUUGAAAUAUGUCAAAUUUCAGAAUAUUCACAAUAUUCAACUUUUUGUUGAGGACAACAUUGGGGGAGGUGAACAAACUAUAAUUGAAGAAUUUCGUAUUUUUGGAACACCAGUUAGUCAGGCAACAAAUAUGGCAGAAUUUCGACGUGUUGCUGGAAAGGCUGGAGAAUCGGACCAUUAA